AUGGUCCACAGAUCAACAGGGAUUGGUUGCCUGUUUGAAGCCUUCACUGGCGUGCAAGGCGCUACAGUUCUCGUCGAUUGCCCGAAAACUUUAAUCAAACUUAAGCAGCACUUGAAGGCUAAGGCGGAAAGGCUAAACCUAAAUCAGGCGCUUCGUAUCCUGGAAGAAGCUGAUCGACAAGCAGACGGAUUCCCGAAGCCUGAGGUGAUCACCGACAUGCUCGGGCAGCUAGAAGAAAUGAUGCAACCCUCCGGGAAUUUUGCAAAUGAUUUCACCGAAUUGAUCAUUCACCAUAUAACGUUUAAAUCGAUGCCUGCACUAAUUCGAGCAGGAUGCGGCCCAUCC